AUGUGCAGCAGGGAAUCUAUCAAAGCGGAUGGAAAACUCACACCACACAUCUCCACGAAUCCACGGAGCCAUUCAGAGCUCUCCAUGCUGCUCAGUGAACCGGGGCCGCACACCGCAGACGGAUAGCGCGAAUUUACAACCGGAGUUGGUGAAUGAAAAGUGCAGACUGAUCCAGUGUGUUUGAAGCUCAGCUGAUCCUUCUCCUCUUCGUCGUCAUCGUCAGUGUGUGAAGAUGCCGCCAGCGACAGGAGGGCCAGUGGGCUACACUCCUCCAGAGGGAGGCUGGGGCUGGGCAGUGGUGGUAGGGGCCUUUAUCAGCAUUGGCUUCUCCUAUGCCUUCCCCAAGUCCAUCACGGUGUUCUUCAAAGAUAUCGAGGUGAUCUUCAAUGCCACCAGCAGCCAAGUGUCAUGGAUCUCGUCGAUUAUGCUGGCUGUCAUGUAUGCAGGAGGACCACUCAGCAGUAUUCUGGUGAAUAAGUUUGGUAGUCGGCCAAUCAUGAUUGCUGGGGGCUGUCUGUCUAGCACAGGGUUAGUCGCCGCCUCCUUCUGUAGCACAGUGGAGGGUCUGUACUUCUGUGUGGGAGUUAUAGGCGGCCUGGGUCUGGCUUUUAAUCUGAAUCCAGCAUUGACCAUGAUUGGUAAAUACUUCUACAAGCGCCGGCCAAUAGCUAAUGGCAUCGCGAUGGCGGGCAGCCCAGUGUUCUUGUCCACUCUUGCCCCGUUGAACAGCUGGCUGUAUGAUCAAUUUGGGUGGAGGGGCAGUUUCCUCAUUCUGGGCGGAGCUUUGCUGAACUGCUGCGUUGCGGGGUCACUAAUGCGGCCCAUCGGACCAAAACCACAACCUGCCAGUCCAAAAGAGGAUGGCGAGCCCAAACGUCAAGAGAAAAAGACAUGCAUGCAGACCGUCAACAGCUUCCUGGAUCUGACCCUGUUCACUCACCGAGGCUUCCUGCUGUACCUGCUUGGAAACGUCAUCAUGUUCUUCGGCCUCUUCGCGCCUCUUGUGUUCCUCAGUAAUUAUGCGAAGAGUAAAGAGAUUUCCAAGGAUAAGGCUGCGUUCUUGUUGUCCAUCCUGGCCUUCACCGACAUGAUCGCUCGGCCGUCCAUGGGCAUGGUGGCCAACACUCGCUGGGUCCGUCCACGUAUCCAGUACUUCUUCGCCGCAUCUGUGCUGUAUAAUGGCGUCUGCCACUUGUUGGCACCACUCUCCACCGAUUACGUGGGUUUUGCCAUUUAUGCAGUGUUUUUCGGUGUGGCAUUCGGCUGGCUGAGUUCUGUGCUGUUUGAGACUCUCAUGGACCUGGUGGGCGCUCAGAGGUUCUCCAGUGCUGUGGGGUUGGUGACCAUCGUGGAGUGUGGGCCUGUGCUGCUGGGGCCUCCGAUGUUGGGAAAACUCAAUGAUGAUUACGGUGAUUAUAAAUACACAUAUCAGGGUUGUGGAAUCAUCCUGGUGAUUGCCAGCAUAUUCUUGUUCGUGGGAAUGGGAAUCAACUACCGGCUGGUGGACAAAGAGAAGAGGGAGGAGGAGAAAAGAGCUAAACAGGAAGACAAGGAUGCAGAGACGAAUGUAGACAAUGCCCUGAUCGAGAAGGCAAAGGAGGUGGAUGGAGACGCAUGGGAUGCAUAAGCUGACAUUGCCAAAUGGAGGAAACAAUAUUAUGCACACACACACCAACAAUCUGUCUUCCGGUUUUGACCGUCCAAAAUGAUAAACGCAAAUCAUUUCCCCUCUAAUGCAUCACUCAAUGAUUCAGCCAGUGUUUAAAACAGCACAAAGGACUAUGAUGCCAAGAAAUUCUCCUUUGUGCAAUCCCACACACGUCUCAAAUGUUACUGUCAUUCUCCCAACAUCCAUACGGGGGUGUCUCCGUACCUUAAUGUCACAAUUCACCUUUUUUUGGUAUAUAUUAUAACCAUUAUGAGAGCAUUCCUAGUUUUUGACUCCAGAAUAACACAGUUUAUACACCUUUAAAUGAAACCACAAAAUGCACAUUUCAAAAUAUUUUAUGAGAAUUAUGAUGUGUGACAUUUAAGGUAACAUGCACACAGAAUUUGUCAGUUCAAGACAUGGAAGAAGAAGAAAUAUUUCACUCUUCUGUCUAUCUUCCAUCUUAGAAAUAUAGUGUUUUUUAACUAAAGGUCAUUAUUAUAUGUAGGAUACACUUCUCUCUCUCCCCCCCACCCCCUUUUUUUUAAGUUGAGCUUGAUGUUUUUUUGUUUAGUGCGUGUAUGUAGUCUUCCCUGUUCUGAUUGGCUGGUAGAAAAUAGUGCCAGGCUUUGCUAGACUGCCAUAUAAAGACAAAGUGCAAAAAUUGUCAAGACAGACAGUUUUUGGAUUGAUUUGAUAUCAGCUUUUGUGCUCUGAACAUUUAGUAAAUCCCUUCUGUCACU